GUUGUAGCCAAAAUCGUUACAGAAGACAGAAAAAGGAUGUUAGAUUUAAAAUGAAUAAAUGUUGCUUAAGUGACAGAUUAGCACCAGCAUCAGGAGGCAUUUGGGGCCAGAGGCUGAAAGGUUGGAGAACACCUGACUCAAUAGAGCUUCAACAUGUAAUUCAACAUCAUAGCUUUUAGAUUUCUAAACUUGAAAUGCCCAAAAAUUCUUGAGUUGGUUCCUCAUGUUCGCAGGAAAUCUAAAAACUAGACGUCUGAACCUUGACCUUCAGUAGUGGCUCCGCCCACGUGUACCAUAUGUGUUUGAGUUGUUACAGGAAUCUGGGUUUUCCACCGCGUCGUUUACGGAUCACGAUCAGCUGAUCCAGAGUCUGAACUUAUUGAUGUGAUGAGCUAAUGAUUGACGACGACAGAAGAGAUAAUCAGGUCGUCGGCUAAACAGAGAAGAACUGUUUCUGUGUGUGCGGCACAGAUGUUGGUCUUUAUUUUUAACAUUUCUGUGAAAACACUUGAUCGAAGCUGAAGUCGAUCAUGAGAUCAGUCGGAGUUUCUCUUCUCUGGCUGCUUCUUCUCGUCAUCAAAUCUGAAACUGUCGCCGGCGCCCCCCCGCCGACCCUGACCCCAACAGCUGCUGAGGAGAAAGAAGACGAGUUCCUGGGUUCACCUGAGUGUCUGGAGAAGAAGUUGACUCGUGAAUCAUGUGACCUGGUGUUCUGUCCUCCGUGGGAGCGUUGCAUCAUAGGACAGUGCUCCUGUAAACUUCCGUAUCUGUGUCCUACUGUCGACGUGAAGCCGGUUUGUGGUCGAGACCACAGGACGUACCGCUCCUACUGCCAGGUGAUGGCGGUCUCUUGUCGGACUAAGAAACCUACCAUGUCUUACUUUGGUGACAAAUGUGCAGAGAAUAUUCUGGAGAUCGGGACUGUGAUCGAUUCUGAGACCGGAGUCGUCAGCGUCUCGGUUCCGGACAAGAGCCAAACAGGUGUUGAGAAGCACCUGGUCUGUCGGGGGCUGUGGGACAUGGCGGCAGCUAACGUGGCCUGCAAAGAACAUGGGAAUCCACUGGGCGCGGCGGUCGCUGGCUCAGUCCGUUACUCCAACCUGACGACGGAGCAUCCAGGCAAACAGUUCCCCCCCACCUGUGUCAGCAUCCGGUGCCAAGGUUACGAGAAUUCCCUGUCCGAGUGUGUCAUCUACGACAAGAUGGCGAUCGGUGGGAUGCUGGUCGCCACGGCAACGUGUUAUAACCCGUCACAGGCCCUGACAGAAGACUGCGGCUUCACGUGUGCAAACAGCAAGUGUGUGCUUCUGAGCCAGACAUGUGAUGGAGUGGAUGACUGUGGCGACCGUAGUGAUGAAAUGUGCUGCAAAGGUUGCAGGAGAGGUGGUCUGCUGUGUAAGACGGGUGUGUGUCUUCAUAAAGAUUCUGUCCAUGAUGGACACGUCGACUGUCUGGACGGUGAAGACGAAUCGCCCAAACACAACAGAUCAAGCAAGCCAGGACUCAGCAACUCAGAUUUGAUCUCUCCUCAUGAUGAGAUCAAAGUCAGCCGAUUUCAGCUGGAGUCCAAGUUACAGUGUGGGAUUCCCAAAGCUACCACGGUGGACGACGAGGAGAUGGACGAGCCUGGGUGGGUCCGCCGCGUCAAAAGGGUGGUGGGAGGAGUCCCGGCAAGACCGACUCAGAUCCAGUGGCAGGUCGCUCUGGAGGAUAACAGGGUGAUCAACUGUGGUGGAGCGUAUAUCGGGGACUGCUGGGUAAUCACCGCUGCUCACUGUGUAAGACCCAACCCGCUGAAGUUCAACGUCUUCUUGUCUCUCUGGAAGAAAUCAAGACAUCAGGAAACAACGGACAUUGUUCCUGUUGAGGACAUUUUCAUCCACCCCAGGUACGACGCCGGAACAUACGAGAACGACAUUGCUCUUGUGAAGCUAAGGAAGCUUCCAUUCGAUGACAGAUGUUUCGGGGAGAAUCCGGCCAUCAGCGCCGUCUGCGUUCCCUGGUCCUCGCAACUUUUCCAGCCCAACCACACCUGCAGCAUCUCGGGAUGGGGACGAACCAAAGAUGGUCGAUCCGCUCAGGUGUUGCUCUGGGCCAACGUGUCGCUCAUCGACAACUGUCAGAGAUUCUACAAUGAUCAAUUCAAACCAGGAAUGAUGUGUGCAGGUGACCUGGACGGCAGCGUGGACUCCUGUCAGGGCGACAAUGGCGGUCCUCUGGUCUGUGAAGAUGAACUGGGCGUCUCUUACCUGUGGGGCAUCGUCAGCUGGAGGGACAAGUGUGGUCGGCCUGGAUUCCCUGGAGUUUAUACACAAGUCGCUCAUUACUUUGAAUGGAUCAGAAGUAACACAGGAUGGCCGGCAGUCACCAGGUUUAACUCCUGAUGACGAGGAUACCCCCCCCCCCACACACACACACACACGUUGAUUUUCUUUUUGAUUUUAAUCUGACCGCAGCGUGUGUGAUUACAGACAACGUGAUUAAAACUUGAGUUGUUCAAAGUUUUUUCAUUUUCAAACAAUCAAUUACUUUUAAUUGUGAAACAUAAGACAUAAUAAACGUUUCUUCUUAAGGAAUGUA